AUGCACCCCGGGACCCCUACAGCCUCUGCAGUCUCUGAGCCCAGCCCUCGGGAACUGUGUGCCUUCGUGAGUGGGGCAACCACCCACAUGCUGCGUGCCCUGCACCCUCGGCGGACCCGGACCCCCAAAAGGAGACCCAACCACAGGAGGUUUCUGCACAACCAGAUCUGCAGGCAGUUUGCCAAGAUUGAAGCUGCCACCCGGCGCCUGGCGCUGUCUAUCCUAUCCCAGGAGGCACCUCCCCAGAGACCUGCGCCCCGGAGGCCACCCCUGCCGCCUCCAUCCCCCUUCCUGGGGGUGGCCUGUGCUGUGGCCCCCACGGAGGCACCCUACGCGGGCCCCAGCCUGAGCCUCGCGGCCCUGGACACCUCCACCCUCGACCUCUUUGAUGACAUUGCACUCACCCCCGAGUCUGGUUUAUACAAUGCGGGUGGCCGCUACCCACCUGCCCAGCUGCAGUUCGCGUUCUCCGCACCCACGGCGCCGCUCCGCCCCGGGCCCGCCAUUCACGCCCUUCCCGGCUCCCCAUUGUGUGCCCGGCACCGCCCCUCCACGGAGGGCGAAACAGCCUCGCCUGUGGAUUGGCCGGCCGCAAGGGCGGGGCAGAGCUUGGCGAGCGCCGAUUGGGUGGCUCGGCCUGGAUGGGCGGACGCGGAUGGCGCGGGGGCGGGCCACGUGUGGCGACCCUACAAAAAACGGUGA